AAGCACUCGGCGAGAAUCGAGUGACAAGUUGUGGAGAAAAGGCCAGUGGGAACGGACGGACUCUGAAGGGUUCAAGGUCUGUGGAAGAUAGGAUAAGAUAGGAAUCCAGCGGCAUUGUCGUCUAAUUCGGGGUUCAGAUUGGAACCAAGAUCAAUUAGUGGGCUCCACAACUUUGAGACGCAUAACCAAGAGGCUUCUAGAGAUAACAACUCGUCUCCAAAUUACCACCACAUACAAGUCGAAGCUCAGGAAGCCAAACAUGGCCUUGGGCUUGGGUCAGCAUCAUUGUUGUCGCUUCGAUUCCAUACCCGAGGUGCCUUGCAACGGAGCUCUUAUCAAAGUUCAUUAUGCUGGGGCUUACAUGGCCUCCAACAUCCCAAUAAGGUCACGUGCCUUCAGCACAGGGUCAUCAGCGUCAGACUCGACCCCAAACCAAUUAAAUCUACGAGCAGCCAGAAAUUCUGUGGACGAAGAAGAUGAUUCAUCAGAUGAGGAGAAACUUGUGAUUCUUCGAAAUUCCAGUGGCAGAACGAAAGACGUCAACUCCGGAGGUUCGCCAAGUUUGGCCCCUAAGAUUGAAAUUUGUGGACGAAUUGAGUGGCUUGGCGAAGACGUGGACGAAGAGAUGACCAAUUUAGACAUUGGAGAUGCCGUUUUGGUCCUACCUGACGACGAAUCGUUCCAGUCUUCGGAGUACCUGGAAUAUGUUUCUGUGUCUAAACUGUCAGAUUUGGUUUUACUUCCCCAAGCUCUUUCAAUGGAAGCAGCUGUACAAAUACCCACCGGAGCUUAUUCUGUGCUCCCAGUGCUGAAAUCGGUCCGAGAACAUUGUCUCAAGUCCGAAUACAAAGAUCCGCCCAAGGCUUUACUGGUGGGAACCGAUGAGUUGGUGCGAUGGGCCAUUUCACUUUGGCCGAAUAUUUUUGGAGUUCUAGGCGAUGGUUGCCAACUCACAUUGGCCCUUCAAGACGAUUCCUCGUUGUGGUUUGAGAAAUUCCAUGAAAGUAUCAACCUUGUCCAAUGGGAUAACGAUGUCUAUGACGCACAACUCAUUGAACGAACCGAGCAGGUCUGCCACGGAAAAGUGGACAUCAUCCUUGAUUUGGAGGGCUCCCCAAAGUUCUUCAAGAGAUCCAUGAGUUGCCUUAGAACGAACGGCCAUGCUUUCAUUGGAAAAUCGACGUUGAAUUCUUCUAUGAAGAAUUUCAUAACCAAGACUUUCAAGAAGGACGUUCAUGUCAUUUACGUUGACAACGGCACAACUGAUGAUUUCCAAGAAUUGAUUCGAGCUGUCAUCAACGGACAGACCCAAAUGUUGCCAUACCAAGUUUUUACCACAACUCAAGCCGGUGAAGUAAGAAGAGCCUUAUCUUCGCACUCAAGACCCUUCCGUCCCAUUUUUAAGCUGAUCGAAUAACCCUUGAUAUCUACAUGACACACUUGUUUAUUGUUGACCUUUCAUUUAUGAAAAAAUAAAUGAACACGUUGUUUAGA